CUUUAUUCAAAGAUCGUCCGCCAAGCGCGACGAAUCAAAUACAAAUCUCUCUCUCAACGCGGAAUAACUUUCUUCCCUCCCAGCGGAGUCUGGGCGCGACGGCGAUGGAGGUCCGGCGCAGGCGAGCGAGGCCGCAGGACGGCAAGCACGACGCCGACGCGACGGUGGAUCAACCGAGGACGCUUCAGCGGGACGAGACGAACGGACAGACAGAUGCGAACACUUCGAUGGAGAGUAAGAAAGCAAAUCCGUCUUAUUCCAUCGAGUCGAAGCAACUCUUGCCGGACGAUGCGGUUCGCGCACGAAUCAAGAUUAGCUUGGAAAUUGAUUUGAUAGCAACGAUUUUACUAAUUACGGGCAUUUGCACUCGUCUUUAUCGCCUCGAGGAACCGCGCAGUAUAGUUUUCGAUGAACUGCAUUACGGCAAGUACGUCGGAUUGUACAUGAAGAGAACGUUCUUCUUCGACUCCCAUCCGCCUUUAGGGAAGCAAUUGAUCUCCGCAGUGGCGUACUUGGCUGGAUUUGACGGGCAAUUCAAGUUCGACAGGAUCGGAAGUCCUUACAGCGAUGCGGUUCCUUUGUACGCGUUGCGUCUGGUGCCGGCGAUAUGCGGCAGUCUGUUGAUCCCCACGGGAUACUAUCUCAUCCUGGAGCUGGGCCUGAGACAAUGGGCCGCAGCAAUCGGCGGAGUGUUACUCUUACUCGAUAAUGCGCUGUUAACACAGUCGAGAUUUGUCCUGAUGGAAAGUAUCUUGAUGCACUUCUCAUUGCUCGGCUUGUUGUGCAUCGUAAAAUUUCGGAAAGUCAUGGAUCGACCGACCUCCGCAUCCUGGUGGAUAUGGCUGAUAUUAGGCGUCGUGAAUUUAACAUGUGCACUAUGCGUCAAGUACGUUGGAUUUUAUUCUAUGGCUCUCGCGCUCUUCUUGAUCGCACAUGAUUACUGGUCCCUACUUUCAAGAAAGACCCUGUCGAAUACGAUCUUGUGGAUUCAUCUAUUACUGAGAUUCGUCGUGAUAGUCGCUGUUAUCGCCGCCGUCUACUUGAGUAUAUUCUAUGUACAUUUGGCAACACUCUCGAAGGCGGGGCCGCACGACUCGGUGAUGACGAGUGCCUUCCAAGCGAGUCUGGAAGGAGGACUCGCCAGCAUCACUAAAGGGCAACCUCUGGAAGUGACGCACGGUUCGCAGAUAACUCUCAGGCACACGUAUGGCAGAGCCUGUUGGCUGCACAGCCACAAUCAAGUGUAUCCGUUGCGAUAUCCCGACGGUCGUGGCAGCUCUCAUCAGCAGCAGGUUACUUGUUAUUCGUUCAAGGACGUCAACAACUGGUGGAUCGUCAAGAAGCCGGAUAAGAACGACCUAGUGGUGACAAAACCCAGCGAGCCGAUCCGGCACGGUGAUGUAAUUCAACUGGUGCACGGGAUCACGAGCAGAGCGUUGAACUCGCACGAUGUCGCGGCACCGAUGACGCCGCAGAGCCAGGAAGUGUCGUGUUACAUCGACUACAACGUGUCUAUGCCGACGCAGAACCUAUGGCGGGUGGAGAUCACGAACAGAGAUCAUUCCGGCGAUGCGUGGCACGCGAUUCAGAGCCAGGUGCGGCUGAUACACGUGCACGCCAACGGGGCCGAAUUCGCGUUGAAGUUCAGCGGCAGGCAGCUGCCCGACUGGGGCUUCAAUCAGCACGAGGUCGUGGCGGACCGGCUGGUGGACCAGACCAACUCCAUCUGGAACGUCGAGGAGCAUCGGUAUACUAAAAGCGAGGACCAGAAGCAACGGGAACGGGAGCUGAUCAGCGCGGAGAUGAUACCGCUGCAGGCGACCGCGUUGAGCUUCUGGGAGAAAUUCGCAGAGCUGCAGGUCAAGAUGCUGUUUGGCGGCCAAGAGAGUCAGAACAGCCACAUGUAUUCCAGCGGGCCUUCCGAGUGGCCGUUUAUGUCCCGCGGGAUCGCGUACUGGGUAUCCACCGACAGCAAUGCACAAGUGCACCUUUUGGGAAACAUCGUGAUUUGGUACUCCGGUACUAUCUCAGUAAUCAUUUAUGUAACGCUACUCAUAUUUUAUUUAAUGAGGAGGAGAAGACAAUGUUUCGACAUCUCAGAGGAAGAGUGGGAAAAGUUCGUUAACAACGCCUACGUGCUGCUAGCUGGAUACUUCCUUCAUUUCUUACCUUUCGUAUUCGUUGAACGAACUUUGUUCUUGCAUCACUAUUUACCAGCCUUCAUUUUCAAAGUCUUAUUAACGGCAGCUACAAUUGACCACUUGUAUUGUUUAAUUGGCACUCGUCGUCCAGCAUGGAGCAUUUCGUUGUAUACCGUAACAUGCGGUAUCAUCGCUUGGGUACUUUUUAUUAUCUACGUAUUCAAGAAAUUCAUUGUAUUUAGUUAUGGGACAUCAGCUCUCACUGCCAGGGACGUGAUAAAAUUAAGAUGGAAAGAUACCUGGGAUUUCAUUGUACAUAAAACGUGAGGAUUCGCCAAACGUAAGCAUCACGAAGCCUGUUAUACAAGACGUAAUAUUUUUAACUAGAACGUUAUGUAUUGAAACAUAUGAAUUUCCGAAACUGAUAUUAUUAACGUAUUUACAUGAAAAGAUUUAGCAAAUGUUAUGAUUCGCACAUGUUUAUGUGACGAAAUAUUUUAUUAUAAUGGCGCAACAAGUGCCACGAAUAUGGAAUAAUGUUAUAACAGUGAAUCCUUUAAUUGUAAAAAGUUAAACACGAAUUUGCGCAUAGACUGAUUCUAUUAUAUUUUAUAAAAUGUUUUGUCGUUACUUAACGGUGUUUGAUAUUUAUAGAAAUCGCAAAUAUGUUUAGAAAAUGAUAUAAAUAUAUGUAAGUAUAUAUAUUUUAUAAUUAAAUUUUGACAUUUUUUUAUGACAAAUGUAAUUAGAGCACGUAGAAAUGUAAGUGAAACUUUUAAGUUAUAAACUUUUUACUUUUUACAAGUAUUGUAUUUUUUAAUUGAUUUUUUUAUAAGAAAAAUCGAAAUAUAUGAAAAAAUCAUAUGUAAGGCGAGAUAAUAAAAGUUCUUUAUAAACAGUAAAAUUCAGGUUCGUCUUUUUGUAAAAGUAUACUGUACAAUACUAUUUAGUAAAAGUAUAAUGCACAAUCAUAUCAAUACUGCCCGUAUCAGUUUAAAAAGAAACAAUUUUUAUAGAAUAAAGUGUAUUUUUAUAACUAGA